AUGAUUUUAACAACUUUUGUCUUUAUAUUGUCCUUCCCGGACUCAGUGUUCACCUUGAAGGGUGACGGCAGCGCAGCCUCCCGGCCCGUCCGCCUGGACUGCGUAAAGGCCAGUGAGCAGUGUCUAAAGGAGUACUCCUGCAGCACCAAGUACCGGACCAUGAGGCAGUGUGUGGCGGGCAGGGAGAGCAACUUCAGCGCGGUCACCGGUCCGGAGGCGCAGGGCGAGUGCCGCAGCGCCAUAGAUGCCAUGAAGCAGAGCCCCUUGUAUAACUGCAGGUGUAGAAGAGGCAUGAAGAAGGAAAAGAACUGUCUCCGGAUCUUUUGGAGCAUAUUUCAGAGUUUACAGGGUAAUGAUUUGCUGGAAUACUCUCCAUAUGAACCAGUCAAUAGCCGGCUCUCAGAUAUCUUCCGUCUGGCCCCCAUCAUAGCUGUUGAGCCUGCAUCCACAAAGGAGAACAACUGUCUGAAUGCUGCCAAAGCCUGUAACCUGAAUGACACCUGUAAGAAAUACCGCUCGGCUUACAUCAACCCCUGUACUAGCAGGGUGUCUGCAUCUGAGGUGUGCAACAAGCGCAAAUGCCACAAAGCUCUGCGACAGUUCUUUGACAAGGUUCCGACUAAAUACAGCUAUGGGAUGCUGUUCUGCUCCUGUCCAUCGGGGGAUCAGACAGCAUGCGCAGAACGCAGAAGACAAACUAUUGUACCCGUCUGCUCCUAUGAGGAUAAAGACAAACCUAACUGUCUGUCUCUUCAGAACACAUGCAAGACCAACUACAUUUGCAGGUCAAGGCUGGCAGACUUCAUCAGCAACUGUCAACCAGAACCUCGCUCCAUAUCCGGCUGUCUGAGGGAGAACUAUGCCGAUUGCCUGCUCUCUUACUCAGGUCUUAUUGGUACGGUGAUGACACCCAAUUAUGUGCGAUCUCUUGGUAUUAGCCUGUCACCGUGGUGUGACUGCAGCAGCAGUGGGAACAGCAAGCCAGACUGUGAUAAAUUUGUUGAGUUUUUCACCAACAAUCGCUGCCUACGUAAUGCCAUCCAGGCAUUUGGCAACGGUACUGAUGUUGGAGUCUGGCAACCUCAACCCCCGAUUCAGCCAACUGUAGUAGAGCCAAGCAUCACCCGGAGGGGUAAAGAGCGAACCAAUAAUGCUCUGGACGCCAUGACAGACACAAACGGACUGGAUCUUGACGGCGACUCGUUAUAUCACAUCUGUGGGACCCUACAGGCCCAAAAACUGGUGUCAAAUCAAACAGUGGAUACUGCUGUGUGUGCGAACCACCAACUGGAAGAGUCCAAUGACUCAAAUGCCAUUGCUAGAAGCUCACCAGCUGAACUCACCUGCUUACACCCCUCGAGUAUGCUCCUGGCACUAGCCUUUGGUUUUACACCAGCAGUAUUAUCACUAGAAGGUUACUACCUUUUGUAG